CCGGCACCCACUGUCUCCAGUACCAUCACCAGCAGCGUCGGCUGUGUAUCCCAGCACCAGCACCUUCCUCCAUUGUCUCCAGCAGCCGGGGGACGGGGAUCGCGGCGCACACGGGCUGCGCUUCCGGCACCAAGAGCAAUGCCGAAAGCACCAAAAACCAAGAAAGGGCCAGAGCAGAAGGUAAUCCAUCCGUACAGCAGAAAGGCUGCCCAGCUUGUGCGGGAGACGCAUAAACAAGAAAAGAAAGAUAAGAUAAAGAAUGUGAAGGCUGCACGUCUAAAUGUUACUGGUGAGAAACUGCUAUGGUUUCAAAGUUGUGUGGACCCCACCAAGACUGAGUACAGUAAGGAGGAAGCCUGUGAGAUUAUAGAAAAGUAUUUGCACAGAUUUGACACUGAGCUGCUACAAAUUGAAUUGGCAAAUAGUAUCAAAGGCAGACAAGGAAGACAGCACGAAGCUCGUGAAGCCAUUCUGAAACAGACCAUUGAACGUGAAAGGCUUCAGUAUCAAGAAAAUGGCUUGGAGAUUCCUGAUAUUCUCAACGUAAAGCAUCUGAAAGUCUUCAGAGAGUGGGAUGGAGAUUUAAAAAAGCUUCCAAACAUCAAAGUGAAAAAACUCUCAGUAAAAGAUUCACUUUCUAUCCAGAAAGGAAACAAAGAGGGAAAAGAAGAUUCACAAGAAACAACAAAUCAAGAUGAUGUCUCAGAACAUUAAAGUGGAAAAAAUAUCCAAUUGGGGAAAAUAGCUAAAACUACAUGGAAAUAAGCAAAACUCUGAAAACAUUGUGAUCGGUACAUUUGAUGCUGAGGUUGCACCGUGGAGUAUUAAUCUCUCCAAUAUCAGUCUCAAGGAAAUGCACACGUCCCCCAGAUGGGAUUAUUUUAAAAUCUCAUUUUAUAUGAUAUGACCUCCUGUUACGAGUUGGAAAACACUUAUUCCAUUUUGAAUUGAUAUUCUGGAAAGUGAUGAUUAAAAACAGUUUUUAAAGGUCA